UGACGUGUCCUCCGGAGCCGUUUGAAAAACCAUCAUGAUCAAAGACACGAUCUCUAUCUGCUGUUUAUGAUUGAAUGAAGUAGUUUUUCCACCUGUUGCGAUAUAAACACCUGCUAUUCUGAACAAAGCUUAUUAUAAAACUGAGUCUGUGGCUUGCCAGCACGUUUACUUUCGAAAUAAAACCAGAACUGACGGCAUCGUGAAACUCAUUAGAGGAAAAAGGCUCUUGGAGUUUAUGCAAGUAAACUUGAACAACGAAGAACAAAGAUGACUUCUCUUUAGGUUGACGAACAUUUUAAAGAGGACAAGUUUGAAGUGGAUCUCUUCUAAGAUAUCUUGAGAGAAACAAAACAUUAUCUCGUGGUCGAGACGCUCUUUUAUUGACUCUAAACAACAACUUUGUGGCACAAACGUCAUCUUUACGAUUGAACGUCGGUACAACGUGCUGCGGGGGAGUCUCUCAUCUCGGUAAUAUGAGAAAACUAAUUAGAAUUUAACCUAUCAUAUUUGGGGCGUGAAUGUAAUUGCCUUAGAGGACGCUACUAGACGCUAGAAGCAAGAUAACACCUUCAAAGAGGCGCUCGAGGUUCCUGUCACUUACCUUUGUGUUUGGCGCGUGCCUUGAACCGACCAUAGACAAGAAAAAGUUCAGAAAAAUACUCUGUUUCUGCUUCGUACGAAGUAUUCUUGGUAAGUACAGGUUUUUAGAUAUGGCGCAAGUCAUAGCUUUCUUCUUAUUGGUCCUUUGUUUUGCUCAAGGAACCAAUCAGGCUGCAAAUAAAAACACUUUGAUUGAUGGGACAAUUCGACUAGGAGGACUGGUACCCAUGCACUCUAAAGCCUCGGGCGUUCUGGAGCGAGAGUGCGGUGGAUUGUACUCGAGGUUUGGGAUCCAACGUUUAGAGGCCAUGCUGUUUGCAGUCGAUCAAAUUAAUGCAAAUCCAAGCAUUCUUCCUAACAUUACUCUUGGAAUCGAAGUUUACGAUACUUGUUCAAGUGAGACAAAAGCACUGGACAAAGCAGUCCAUUUCAUCAGCGGUCGCCUCUCUCAAGGAUCCAGUAUUCCAGCGUCAUCGCAGUCUUCUGUGGUGGGUGUGAUUGGAGCGUCCUUUAGCAGUGUUUCCAUUCAGAUCGCUCAUCUUUUACGCCUUUUUCAGCUUCCACAAAUAAGCUUUGACUCCACUAGUGUUAUAUUGAGCGACAAAAAGAAGUUUGAGUACUUUUCGCGGACGGUUCCUCACGACGGAUUCCAAGCCAAGGCCAUUGUCGAUGUGAUAAAGCAUUUUAAUUGGACGUAUAUAUCGAGUGUAUACAGUGAUGAUACAUACGGCAUUCAUGGGAUGGAGGCACUUAGAGAGGAAACCAAGAAAGCAGGUAUUUGUAUUGCAACUGCGCAAAUGAUCAAAACCACAAAGUCAUCAGAAUCAAGCGACACAUUUCUCCAAAUCAUCGACACGCUUAAAUCCGAGCCAAAAGCAAAGACAGUAGUCGUGUUUACCAGCCAAGAAAGCCAUAUAAAAAGUCUUCUCCUAGCUGCAAACGAACGCAAUCUUGUCGGUAAGAUCCAGUGGGUUGGUAGUGAUGCUUGGGGAAAUGUUGUCUGGUUGAAAGAUUUACAGCAUUUGGCCCAUAAUGCUAUAACGGUUUCCCCAAAAAGUGUACGGUUGAAGGCCUUUGAGGAUCACUUCACUGCUUUAAGGCCUGAAACCAAUACCAGAAACCCUUGGUUUAAAGAAUACUGGCAGUUACAUUUUAAUUGUUCACUGGGGAAAACGUUAAAUUCGUUUUCAAAGCCGUGCAGCAACUCUACUAAACUAACAACAAAGAAUAGCAACAUCGACAUGAGAAGUUCAAGUGCGAUCGACGCUGUAAAUGCGUUCGCGCGUGCACUACACGCAGUGCACGCUGACGUCUGCUCAGGAUCUUCAGGACUUUGUAAAAAUAUGAUCAACAUAUCGGGUUUAGAGUUACUGAAGUAUAUUCGAAACGUAUCGUUCGAUGGCGCAACUGGCCACAAGGUUACAUUUGAUAGCCUUGGUGACGUUGAUGGCAUUUAUGACAUUCUGCUGUUCAAAAAGCACAACAAUAUCUACAGAAAUUCCAUCAUCGGUUUGUGGGCUAAUAAGCUUAAAAUGAACGACCGCAUAUUCUUAGAGAACUCAGGUUACAAAAUGUUGAAGUCUUCUUGCACAGUCUAUUGUUCAUCCAAUGAAAUCAUGGUUCCAAUCAAAGGUAAAGAGACAUGUUGCUGGGAAUGUGUCCCGUGCAAAGGAAACAGCUACGUCGUGAACAAAACAACAUGCGUUCGUUGUGCAGCAGGCUACUGGCCAAUCAAGAAUGGCCAAGGCUGCGAAACAAUUAAAAUCAUGUACUUUGGUAAACAUAUUGCUUACUCGGUGCCAACGAUGAUGUUGGCUUGUUUUGGCAUCGUGAUAACAGUGUUUGUGAUCAUCAUGCUUGCUCGGAAUGACAAGACUCCUAUCGUCAAAGCAUCCGGACGGGAGCUUUCUUAUCUUAUCCUCAGUGGCAUCCUGUUAUCUUUUAUUCAUACAUUUAUCGUGGUUAUCAAACCAAGUGAUGCCAUGUGCAUCAUUCGUUUCUUUGGUUGCAGCAUCGCCUUUAGCAUCUGCUAUGCAGCAAUCUUCAUCAAAACAAACCGCAUCUCAAGAAUCUUUAAUCGCCGUAACAUCGCCAAACGUCCGAUCUUGAUUCUCCCCACAUCACAAUUAGUGUUGGUACUGGGUGUGGUGUGCGUACAGGUGCUGUUGCUUUUCAUGUUGACUCUUCUGCGCAUGCCAAAAGCAAAGGUGUUCUACCCUACAAUCUCUUCUGUCUACCUAGACUGCGAUGUUCGAGACUUAGAUUUUGGGCUUUCUCAGGUAUACAACUUCAUCCUCAUCCUUGUCUGCACUCUCUACGCCUUCAAAACCCGCAAGAUACCAAGCAACUUCAACGAGGCCAAGUUCAUUGCGUUUGCUAUGUACUCGACCUGCGUGAUCUGGCUGGCCUUUCUCGCCUUGUACUUCAUGAAAAGCUUGUCUCUCGAAAGAUCUUUGAUCCUUUGUGUCGGCGUUUCUUUGGUUGCCUAUGUUCUUCUUGGCAUAUUGUUUGGUCCUAAGGUGUACAUUUUGCUCUUCAAGCCCCACCGCAAUGUUAGAAAGGCUGUCACUAGCUUGAGUCUGUCAAGCAUUAGCCAGACAAACAAUGUGCGAUGUCCAAAAUGCACGUCCCAUGCUGCUGGAGCCUACACCAGUGGUGAACGAGGAUCUGACCGUGUAGAAAACAGCAGCAGUGAUGAUCCCUUAGAUGGUAACUAUAGCAACCGCAAAUCGUUGUUGCCUGACAGUAGUCGGCCCCAGUCUCUGAUGUACUGUCAAGAUGGACAGCCAGUGCAUAAAUCAGAGGUGGAGAAAGCAUUAAAGCACAUGAGAAAAGAGCUACAAGCAGCAAAAUAUGCACUCAAAUCGGCCAAUGAAAAACUACUACAGAAAGAACAGGAAUAUUCAAGAGAACAAGAAGAAGUCGACGACGAAUCUACAGAGAGAAAAAGACCAAAAGCUAUAAAGGAGGUAAAGAGCAAUGACGAAACAACAAAAGAAAACAACACAGUCGAAAACGACUUCUAUCAAGACAACGGUGACAACGAAAUUAACGAACCAUCCUACUUACCAUGCAAACUAACCAUGGACGAAAAACCUCCGACAAACGAAGCGAAAAAUAUUUCAAAUAUUUUAUUAACCAAGCGGACUGAAAUUGAACUUCGAAUAGAAAACRGCACUCUGAAUACCAAAAACAAGUGUAUGACAUGCACUAAAAAGAAAGAUAGCAGCGAUAAGUGGAAAAGAAGGUUUCUUUUCCCUCUGUCGAAAAAUACCGAGCACUCUAAAUCAAGUAUCAUAAACUCCUGCCCUGAAUGCGGAAAGACUUUUAGCGAUUCCACAGAUCCUUUGCGCUCUUGGAGAAGAAGCUUUUCUCUUCCUGACAUCGAUUUGCCAAAAAUCAGGAACGGAGGCAGUAAACAUGAACAGGACAAUUAUGCGCCUGUAGAGAACUCCUCUGAUGUGGCGGAUAAAAGAUCGAAGCAGGAUCAACAACAGAAUAUACCUAGUGCUUUAUUGACACAGGAAUUCGAUAACAUAUUAUCGACACCCAUUGAGAGUUUGGUUAGAGGAAAAUAUUCCGAACUUUAAUCUAAGUAACAUUUUAUGGACAUUUUCAAUUUAACGGGUACCCAGUAGCCCCAGUUGGGGCCUAUUGCCCCGCACAGUCAUUCUACAAGUCGCUUGCUAUACUAUAAAUAAACUUUUUUACCUUUAAAACAUAUCAAUCAUUAGAUAUCGCAUAUUAAAAGUGUCAUACUGUUAUAUAGUAAAUUAAACUUCCAAGAUGGUGAAGUGUAUUUUUAGAAGACAUAUCUAUUUUUAACCAGUUAGUAACGUCACCUUUUUUAAAAGCUGGAAGGAAAUGUUAUUGGUUUUAUAGAAAGUAAUCGGUAUUAAAUAUAUAUUAUGGGA